AUGGACGAAUCUCUAAAUCUCCCUUUUAAGAUUGAGAUAGAUUCUUCCAACAGCUCUUGAGAAAAUGUUAUUUUUAAUUUAAUUAUAUACAAAAAGUAUUUCUGAAUUGUAAAAAUCCUACUUGAUAAUAAAGAAAUAAAAAAUCUAAUUUUAUCUAUAAUAUUGUUUAUAAUGCAAGCUUUUUAAGAAUUAGCUAGAUAUCUCGCUAUAAAAAUUGUUAGUUAUAUAUAAUAUAAAAAAUAUGUUUGGAAUUUUUUUCUCUUUUUAAGGGUUUUAAUCUCCAAAAAAGCAUUUUCCAAUAGCUCUGCUCGCUCUAAAGGAGGAAAGUAAUAGAAAUUGAAACACAAAUAAAAUUAGGGAAUCUGUCAUAUGGAAUAGAUCUGCUCCAACUACUAGUCAAUAAGUGCAAGCGAAGUCCAGAAGAGUUAAGCCAUGUUGCUGAAAACAUUUACAGAAUCGGUCAAGAAUUACUUACUGCCCCCUCGAAGUUCGACCAAGAUUAUUUUGGUCGGGGUUAAGAAAAAUUUUUUUAAAAACAAAUUAUAUAGAAUUUUUUUUAUAUAAUUUAGUAGUUAAAAAAAUAAAAUAUUUAUCAUAUUCUUCCGUAUGGUUGAGAGGGUGUAAGGGUUAGAAAAAAUAGUGCAAGAUGGUUUUCUAACGCUUUUUUAGAACUUGAAUACAAAAAUCGCAAGCUCAUCCCCACAUAGUUUAAAAUUUUUGAAAAAUUGCUUAAAUUUAUAUAGGUCUUGGUCGAACUUUGAGGGGGGUUAAUUUUCCAAAAAAAUAGGAAUUUUCCCUAUAUCUUGGUCGAACUUCGAGGGGGGGGAGUUAGAAAGCAAGAUUUUAAGAAUAUUAUUGGUCUCUGGAAAUAUUUAGCUCUAAUAUUCUCAGCUUGCAGACAAUAUGAUCGGGUCUGUGACGUUAAAAAUUCUAUAUCAUACUGUUUGAGAAUGUGUAGAAGAAUCCCUGAAUCAAUAAAAGAAUUGCAAUCGGCAAUAGAGACAGCAACAUCAAUGGAGUCAGCAAAGCAUAAGCUACCAGGACUCCAUUUAAAUGCGUGUGCUAUUUUUAGAGAAAAUCUGAAAGAUUUAAAAUCAGCCUUAGUCCAUGCAGAGCUAGCUUUUUUUCAUGCAAAGCAAGCUUUGGAGCUGAGUAAUAUAGAUAUUAGUUCAAUUAAGCAUACUCUGGGUGUUUCAUAUUACAACAUUGGCCUUAUAAAAGAAGAUAUGGACGAUUUAUCAAGCUCUUUACUAUGAUUAAAAGAAGGGCUUAAAUUCUGUGAAGAAAAUGUGAAUGAUCUGUUUUUAGAGCAAACUUUUAGAGAAAAAAUACUUUGUAUUGAAUCAAGACCUCAUUUCUUGCCAUUGCAAAUUAGGAGCCGAAGCAAUACUCCUGCAUUACCAGUAAGGCCAGCAACUAAAAAGAAUUUGAGAAAGUAUAGAAAUUGCCCGAGGAUGGCGCUAUUUGUGCCAUCCUCGGGCAACCGAAAAUCGUCUCCACACGGGAAAGAUUUCCACAUGUGGAGCCAUUUUUUCACACGUGAGAAUCCUGACUUCCACGUGUGAAAAAAUGGCUCCACACGUGGAAAAUCGUUCCCAUGCGGAGCCGAUUUUCCGUAUUGCCAGAGAAUGGCGUAAAUAGCGCCAUUCUCGGGCAAUUAGCAUAUAGUUUUUUGAAGAUGAUUGAUAGGUCUUCAACAAAAAGAGGGAUCAAGUCUAGAAGAUCUAAUAGAGGAAAGUCUGUCAGUUAUGCAAAUAUGUCUUUAGAUCAUAGAAUGUCAAAAUAUUACGUUCCUUCAUUUUCUCCUGAAGUUAAGAACACUCAAAAAGACAAUUUGUCUAAUUUUUCUCCUAAUCCAGAUUCGUAUUCAUCAUUUGAUAAGUCAACAGAAGUAUCCGUAAAAUCAAGCAAAAUAAAUUACUUUAGCGUCAAAAACGACAAAGUCAUAAAAUUGAAGAGUGCGAGAAGACACUUAAGCCAUCCAACAGCAGGACCAUUUAUUCCAAGUGACUUUGGAAAACAAUACAAAGCAGCAAUUAAGAUACAAUGUUGGUAUAGAGCGCAAAGAUGUAGAAAGAAAUAUUUGAUAGAAAGAAGACACUAUGAUUAUAUUGGUUUUUGCAAAAUUACAUCUCAGGGGGGAUAUUCAUAAAAAAUGGCGUGGCGGACCAACCCAUCUCCUAAGCUGGGGAGACCCAUGGACCUUGCGGGAGGAAGUUUUAGCUUUUGAUAUAUGCAUCCAGCCAUGUUUACUUGGCUUUAUUUUUGUGAGCGCAAUGUCCGAGUUGGCUCAGUUUCGCAUUUAGGUCAAGGUCUUACCUCGGAAAAGAAUGGAGUUCGGAGUUAGAAGGGGUGGUCCCAGCAAUACCAGUGGGGUUCCUCCUUUUCGAUCGGGAACGUUCUCAAGCAUGAUACCAGGCGUUGGCCUCCUGGUCUAAGAAUUUUCAUCUUGGCCGAUAGGCGACCAGAAAAUUUGUUUUUUUCGAAUUUUUCUAGAAGCCAAUCCCUGUUGGUGUGCAGUACCGUGAUAAGCAGAUGAGUGAAGCGUUAUGGAAUAGAAACAAGGCUCUUCGGAUUCUUGCAAGGGAGCUUUUCUAUAAUCUAAUUAAUUGUAAGUGUAAAUGCAUCCCAGGGAGGAUUUUUUUUUUGCAGUGUAUAUAGAAAUAUUAAGCAAGCACAGCUCAAGCAUAGAUUUAUGAGAAAGAAAAUUGAAGUAAAUAUAGUAGUUGAUGCAUAUCCACUAACCAAAGGACUUAAAAAGCCAAAAAAUUUCAGUGAAAGUUUAUCAUCACUAUGUAAAAGAAUUGACAUUCCCAGCGACGAAGCCGAGUUAAGAAAAAAAGAAAAUGCACUAUUUGAGAUAAUAAGCAUUGUAGACAGUAAAAUAGAACUAUGUAGCAAUAUGAGCAAUAGAGAUUGCACCACAAUAAGAAUAAUUUAUGAAGGAAAAAUUGAACUUAAUGAAGUUGAAUAUUUUAUAGAAAUUUUUUAUGUUCCAGGAGAUGAUAAAUUUUUGGAUAUUAAAGUCAUGAAGGGCGAAUCUACCUAUACCUGCAGAUUUCAGCUUGAUGUGCUCCAAGAUUUUGAUACGGUUCGAACUAAGAUCCCCUAUCUAAUUAGCAAGCUUAAGCUAGAAAACGAAAUUUUGGAAUUAAAAAUGUAA